CUCUGACACAGUAGCUUCGUACUGCUUUAUUCCACUGCUAUGACUCAUUUAAAGAGCACUUUGUCAUAGACGACACUGGAGUUUUUUCCCUUGAAGUGAUGGGAGAUGGCUGUUAUAAUGAGGAGACGUAUAUUUUCAUGUUACUUUGCUUUAAAAAAUGUUCUUGCUUUUCACUCUUAACAAUUGUAUCCAGCAACUUUUUCGAAGAGGAUUGCGUUGUUCUCUUUUGUGGAUGUACAGAAUUCAAGUUCGACACCUGGGGUAAACUGCAGCCGACCUCCUGCUCCUCCUGUUUUCUCUGAGUCUAAUUCAAAGUAAUUUCUCCGUUCGAUCGCACUCACCAUGUUGGAACACCUGCCCUGUGCCCGCAUUGACCCUGCCCCUCUCAGGCGUCCGCCAAUCAGCAGGAACAUGGAUGAGUCAGCCAUACGGUUUGAGUUAGAGCGCCAGGCCUGUCAGAGUCUCAGACAAGUUCUCCAACUGAAGCUGCAACAGAGACGUACUAGAGAGGAGUUGGUCAAGCAGGGAAUCAUGCCACCACUGAAAGGUUCAGCUGCCUUCCACGAACAGAGACGGAGUUUGGAACGAGCUCGGACUGAGGACUAUCUGAAAAGGAAGAUCAGGAGUAGACCGGAGCGCUCUGAACUGAUCAGGAUGCACAUCCUGGAAGAGACAACAACAGAGCCGUCAUUUCAGGCCAAACAGCUGCAGCUGAAGAGAACUCGCCUUGCCGAUGAUUUGAACGAUAAGAUCUCCCACCGGCCAGGGCCCAUGGAGCUGAUCCACAAAAACAUCCUGCCUAUCCCCUCCAGCAUUAAACAGGCCAUCAUAGAGACACAGUUUCCUAAGGCUUCAGGUGAUAACUCAUCAUGCGAUGAGGACAGUAAUUACAGCCUGUCCCCAGAAGAGCCGGAGAACCAGGAGUCUCCUCUGGGCCUGCUACCUCUACCCUCUCCACCAGAGACGCUGACUGGGAGCAGCAUCUCAUCUCCCACACAGGUCCUUCUUCCUGUUCCUCAUUUCCCACCAAUCUCUGGAUCCUCCCCUUCAUUUAAGCUGACCAAUGGGACGACAGCUCCGUCUACCCAGAGGAUGGGUGCAAUCUCACAGGUUAGGCCCAAACCUAACUCUGCCCAGAGACACAAGAAACCUAAGGAUAACAAGCCAAAGAUUAAGAAGUUUAAGUACCAUCAGUACAUCCCUCCUGACCAGAAGGGAGAUAAAGAACCUCCUGCCCGUCUGGACUCAUCUUAUGCUAAAGUCCUCCAGCAGCAGCAACUCUUCUUGCAGCUCCAGAUCCUCAAUCAGCAGCAGCAGCACUACCAAGCCAUCCUGCCUGCACCUGCCAAACCUGAGUCAGAUCACCAGCUACCUACCUCUUGCUCCUCCAAUUCCACCACCUCCUCCCCACCCCGACCUGUCACUUCCUCUUUAACAGCGUCCUCUAACCAGGACAGUCACAGCCAUCACACUUCUGCUCCUUUAGGUGGGACUAAACCAGCAUCUCUACCUCCAAAUCUGGAUGAAAUGAAGGUUGCGGAGCUGAAGUCUGAGUUGAAGCUGCGCAGCCUGCCGGUCUCCGGCACCAAAAACGACCUGAUUGAGAGGCUGAAGACAUACCAGGAACUUAAUGGAGGCAGUGACACUGCCUCCUCUCCAACAGCAGGGGGUACCACAGGGCCAGGGGCUGAAGGUGCAGGAAAAUCCUCUGAAAUUGCUGUAUCCACCACAACCACCAACAACAAUACAUCACAUACCCAGCAGUUUCAGUUUCAUUGCCAUCAGACAUCUUCUCUGACCGGCAGCAGUGCCAAUCCUCAGCAGUCCAUGACCUGUGGGGUCACUGUGCCCCCUGCAACUGUCUCGUUCCCCCCCUCUGCCCGCUUGCCAGUUGCCAUGAGCCCAGAAGAUACCAGCUUUAAUUGCGACUCCUUGGCCGAAACGAUUAGUCCACCUCCCACCCAGCUGAACCUUCAGCCGUGUUCUGCUGCUCAACUUCCGAUCAACAUUAAAGAAGAGCCCAAGCGCUCCACCCCAGUAAGCUGUCAGUUCUCUUUAAAAACAGCCUCUCUGCAGAAGCAUCAUCUGGUUUCAUCAGCUGCCCCCGUCACUACAACCAUAGCUCCAGUAGUAACUAUGGACAAAGACAAGAUGCUGCAGGAGAAAGACAAGCAGAUAGAGGAGUUGACCAGGAUGCUGAGGCAGAAACAGAGGUUGGUGGAGAUGCUGAGGAUGCAGCUGGAGCAUGGGAGGAGUGGAGGACGAGCUUCAGAGCCACUGGUUCUUGUAAGAGUUAAACAAGAACCUUCUGAUAAGUCCAGUGUCCCUCUCUCAUUUGGCUAUCCACCAUUACCCCGUCCACAGUCAUCUGUUUCAUGUGAGAUGGAUGUUAGCAAAGUAAGUGUCAAAAAAGAGGUCACUGAGGCAGAGGAAGUUACAUCUGAGAGAACUAUGCAAUUACCAGACACUCAUGGAUUACUGAAGUCUUCAACCCAAACUCAGGACGUGCAAAUCAAGGCAGAGCAGAAGAGCACACAGACAAAACAACAGCAACAUAUAUGUCUCCAGCAAACCACCCUGCAGUUUGCCCAUCAACAGGCCAUACAGAAACUUUUGCUGCACCAACAGUGCAACAUUCAGAACCAGCAGAGGACAAUUCAUAACCAUAGUCAGACGCUGGAGAAUCAGCAGAGCCUGCAGAAACUGUCUCAGCAGAGAAAGAAGAAAACUCACAAACAGCAUCUCAAACAACAACAACAUCAGCGUCAGCAUUCAAAACAGUGUCAACAUCCGAUGCAGGUGAAGCAACAGAUUUUACUGAAGGAACAAAAGUUGGUUUUAGAGCGGCAAGUUAAGCAGAAGCCUCAGACUAAACAAGAGCAACAAAUCCAGAUUCAGACCAAGAUACAGCUGAAGCAACAGCAAGUGUUAAUACAGCAGAAACACCAGGCGCAACAGCAGUCACCACAGGUGUCUCAAACGUCCCUCAACCAGCAGUCAGGUUCAGCAACAUCUUUGGCACUGGAUCUCAUUAAAAGUAACUCCAACCCGACUCUGGUAACUGACAGCAAUGGUAACCACUUCCUAAUUGCACUGACUGGUCACAUCACUGAGAACCUAAAAACCGAAGCGCCUGAGAGCAGAGCAACUAAUCAAAUCACCCUGCAGUCCACUCCAGCCAAGAUCCCUGGCCACAACCCUGCUCAGCUGCCUAAAAUUGAUAGUCAAAACAAAGAGAGCAUGCAUUUGGGAUUUUGCACACAACAAAAGACAAAGCCACAGAAUGUGGGACUUCAGAUAUGUGCAGACCAGUCUCAGAAGGAGGUUUCUCAGUGUUUGUCAGGACCUCCCAAUCUGCAGUCUUUCUUCAAGUACCAGGAGACUGCUCCCUCAGGGAAAAAUACCUCACCGCCUUCCACUCAAAUCGAGGUUUGCCCUGGUCUGAAUGUCUUGUUUGGACCACUGUCUCCAGCUUCCAUUAAGACCACAGCCUCAUCACCUGAUAAUAAAGAUACAGAGCAUGAAGAUGAUUUUAUUGACAUCAUUUUGCAGACAGGAGAAAUGUCGACCACCUUCAAACCAGUACCAGAUCCUUCUCUGGACCAUCUAAAUCCAAACUCCUUGGCCUCUUACCAUCCUCCCUCCCCACUCCAGCUUUUGCUAUCUGAACCCACCCCACCCACCUGUGACAUCCCACAGACAGCCCCCUCAGGGCAUUCUGAGCUUCAGACUCGGGCUGACAGCACGAAUGGGACAAAACACCUUGAUAACGCUGGGAGUGGUGGACGCCUGGAGGACUUUCUCGAAAGCACCACUGGUAAGCCUCUCCUGGGGGUGGAGCCUGGUGGCUUAUUGACUUUGAUCGAUGACCUCCACAGUCAAAUGCUGUGCACUCCCAGCAUCCUGGACCAUCCCCCAUCUCCCAUGGAUACCUCCUACAUGGCAGAGGAAGGGGACCAUGAGUUGGACUGUAUGGAUUGGUUGGACCUAACCAUGGGGGGAGUAAAGGCAGAGGAAGCCCCUGAACUGGCCCCACAAACACCCACUAGUGUCUUUUCCACAGACUUCCUGGACAGUUAUGACCUGCAGACUCACUGGGACUCAUGUCUAUAGCCUACAGCAGUUGGAAAACAGACAUCCAAUAUUGGACUUGGUUGCAUGCACUCACACAGUUACUCGCAUGCACAAAAACAUGAAAUUGAUUGCUGAGGCUUCAGUGUCUAAUGAGAGCACUCUUUCUGUGUCUUCUCACACACUGGUAUAUUGACUCUUCAAGCACUUUGACCUUUAUUUAUUUUAUUUACGUGCUGUAAUAUUGAUUUUUGUGCAGAGACUUAUUAGGCAGGUCCUAUAUCUGUUCUUGCUUCUUUAGCAACAGUUCUGUCGACACGUUAGAGAAACGUCUGUGGAUUUGGACACGAUAGUUGAUGAGGCACUUAACUGAGCCCUGAACCUGUUGCUUACAUAUAAAUGAAUCUCAUCUUUCUUUGUCACAGACACCAUGUUACAGUGGAGAAGUUUAUCAGUUUAUUUGACCUUCUACUAAUUAGACUGCAAAUCAGUAGCCUCUCGUAGUAAAGGUAAUCAAUGUUUUACCACUACAGGAAAUGGUACAGCUAAUCAAUAAUCAAAUUUAUACAUAAAGACAAUAGUUGUUAGGAAGAAGAAGAGAUGUUGUUUCGCUGUAAUAUCAAAAUAUGUGUUUUUCAUCAGUUUUUGGCGGUUACAGUGUAUACAUCUGACUUGACUUGACUUGACUUGACUACAUCUAAAGUUACAGCACUUAAAGUACAAAACUACAUAAAAAUCUUGUUAAAAUUUAUUAUAAAACUUGCUUGGGGAUUUUCACGCAGCUCCAGUGUUACUUUACAAUGACAUUUAAAAAAAAAAAAAAAGCUUGUUUCACAAAACUUCCUCUGAAUUCAGGCUUUAGCUUAUAUUGCCAAAGAGGUAAUUUUGUAUAUAGGAUAAAAUACACAACCUAGAAGAAGUAAAACUUUGAUAUAAAAUACAAAUUCUUCUAAACAAAUACAGUAAGUGUUUCUGAAAUGUUUUCUUUUGGUCCAUACACUGAUUCACUGUGUCUUAAUUUUUUAUGUGACAUGCUACUUUAUAGUAUGUACAUUAUAGAGUCUUUGACAUAACAUUUACAUGAUCUACUCAGCUUGAUGUAAGGUCGACAUACAUGCACACAAUGCUUCAUGUAUACAUACAGUGUGCUACUAAAAGGUUGGACACUUGAUGUCUUGAAAACUGCCGUACCGUAGUUUCACUGCCUUUCUCUUUGCACUUGCUCUAAUGAAUAAAUUCAUAUGUAAUAUAAAUGCAAAGGGGGAACUCCUGUAGCUUUAUCUAUUAUUGAUACGUGAUUUAUUAGGACGAAAUAUCUAAUUCGUAAGGAUUUUUGUGUUAAUUUUUGUGUCCUGUACUGUAUCAGUACUUUUGCCGAAAGGGAAAUGACAUUUGCCUUAAAGUGCUAUAAUGUACCAGUUCAGACACUGUAAACGUAUCAUAAAAGGUUUUCCACUUUUUGCUGUGGAGCACUUUGGUAAUGCCGGUUUGUGUGUACUGUGACUUAUUCUGUAUCUGACAAAAAGUCUGUAUUGUGAAUCUAAAACCUCUCUUGAAAAAGUCUUGGAGAUUUACUCCUUACUACA